AAAGAUAGGUUAUAUUUCAUUAUAUACAAAUAUAAAUUUUGUUUGGGGCAAAAAGUAUCAUAAACAAAGUUAAGAAACAAACAACAAAGUAGGAGAAAGUAUUUUUUUUUAAAUGGCAGAUGGGUUAAUAUAUCUACUAUAGAGAAAGCUUCUAAAAGUUGAUUUUUUAAAAGAAAUGCAAACAAUAUAAACACACAAUUCGUAGAAGUACUCAUAACCAGUAAACAGAUGAAAAGAUCCUCAACCUCACUAGUCAUAGAAAUGGAAAAAUAAACAAUAAGAUCUAAUUUUUCAUCUAUCAGGUUGUAAAAAAAUGUAAAAUAUAGAUAAUAUCCAUUGCUAACAGAAUAUGUACAAUGAGAAAAUGUACACUACCAAGCAUUUUUAGUAUGCAUCUGAAUCUCAACUCUUUUGGGAGAGUAACCUGUUUACCCUAGAAAAAAUUUUAAUGCUCAUAUUCUUUGACCAAGCAAUCAUUUAGGAAAAAAUAACCUGAAAAUAUAAUCUUUAGUUUGUUUCUCUUUCCCCCUUGGCUUCUCCCCAGUACACCUCUCUUGAUUUAGUGUCUCACUGCUCAGCCAGCUGAACUAUCAUCACCAACACCUCCUCUACCUCCAUUAUAUUCUAGCCAACCAAAGUUAGUGCCUGGGACAGGGGGAUGGGCUUGGAGUCCUGGAAGCCUUUGUCUAGUGGGUUCCCUUGUGCUUUCAGGAGAGUGAAGCCAAAGACCAGCAGAGCCAACACUUGCUUCAAGUUCCUGGGCCUUCUAACAACGUGCAGGAUGGUGAUGGCACCUGGAAGAAACUACUGUGCCUUGGCUAUCUUAUUGGCAUUUGUGGACAUCCAACCUGGUGGAUGCAUAAAUAUCACCAGCUUAGUUUCCCAGGAAGGAAAGCAGCUAAAGUUAAUCUGUACUGUGUGGAACAAGAAAGAAGAGGCUGAAGGGUUUGUAGUGUUUUUGUGCAAGGACAGGUAUGGGGAUUGUUCCCCUGAGACCAGCUUGAAACAGCUGAGACUUAAACGUGAUGCUGGUGUUGAUGAAAAGCCAUCUGAGUUGGUGUUCACCAUAAACCAAGCCACACCAUUGGACAGUGGGACCUACCAGUGCUGUGCCCAAAGUCAGAAGCCAGAUAUCCACCUUCAGGGCCAUUUUUUCUCCAUUCUAGUCACAGAGUCAGGGAACUACACAGUGACAAGACUGAAACAAAGACAACACUCCAAGUUCAGCCAUAGUGAAGGCACUGUGAGUUCAGGCUUCCUACAAGCAAAGGUCUGGGUGACACUGGUCUCCAGUCUGGUGACCCUUCAAGCUUUGUAAGCCCUGUGCCAAAAGAAACUUAAAAAAAAAGUUACAGCAAGAUAAAUCUGACACUAGCUUGAUAUCUUUCUCAUUAUAAUAUGCACAGAGACAAGGAAACAAGACACGAGGGAAGAAAUAUUAAAUAUGCUAAGACUAUGGGGAAAUACAAGCUAGGACAUAACAGUGCAUUCCUUGAUCUUCCCUCUUCACUGCUGGAGCAAACCUGCCCGCUUCCCUCCUGUGCAGCAGUAAUAAAAAUAGCUUUCACAAAAGUGGCUGGUGUGCAGUUUUCAAAUAUUGGAUAAGUAUGUGCAUUUUUGUAGCCCAGAACAACUUUUCCUCCCUCACCCUCAACACAGUAAAAAAAAAAAAAAAAACAAGUAAAACAGAAUGAGAACAAACAAUUUUUUUGGAAGAAAUUUUUAUUUAACACUGUAAAGGAAAUAGAGCAGAAACAAGCUAAGAUAGUUAGGAAAGUUAAGAGAGCCAAACCCAGUGACUAACCUGACAUGAAAAUGAGAAAACAAAGACAGACGACAGUGUUCAGCAGCAUCCACACAGCACUGCUGAUGAAGAGAAAGGUCUGUGCUGUCCAAAUGCACCACAGAUUCCAACUGUCCACCUUCAACUAAGUACUUGUCAACCUCUUUGUUCAUUUCUUUUUAAAUAAUGCCCAUAGUAGGUUUUGUAAGUUUUUCUUUUCUCCUAAAUUCAUGAACCCUCUUGUCUUUGGACAGAUGACCUCUUGUCAUAGUUAAGCAUAGAGGAAAAGGCAGGAUAUUUCUCAUAGGAGGAACUACAUGAAUGAAAAGGUCAGAACAGACAAUUUAGUUGGAGCUACAUGGCAAGCCAUCAAAAGGAAAAGGAUACCUCACCUGAGACCCUUGGCAAGGACCUGCCAAAUGUGGGAGCUAAGGUUUAUGGAAACAGAAAGAGGUUAAGGCUGAGAUAGAUGAAUAAGACCCUUAUUAUGGAUGGCCUUGUACCUCAAAUUAAGGAUUUUACACUUUGUGUCUUAUGGAGUUAAAAAGACUAGGUAUGGAGUAAAAAGAUCUGGUUUCAAAUUCUGGUUCUGCAAUGUACCAGCUGUGUAUCCUUGAGCAAAUGAAGUUUUGAGAUGCUAUUUGUUUACUUCUCUGCAAAAAAGGGAUACUGCUUACUCUAUCUUCUGUUUCCACAAGGCUGUUCUGAGGAUUAAAUAAGAGUCUGGAUUUAGAAGUCAGAGCCAUUUGAAUUAUGGCCCCAAAGUCACCAAAGCUUUCUCCAUUACAUCACAAAUACUUUAAUCUUUCUGUUGUGUUUCUAACUAAAUACUAAGCUCACAUGGGAAGAGUUGUCUUUUGCUUUUUACUAUUCAAAGAAUCUUUUGAAACUACUCAGCAUCACACAAUCACUGGAAGUCCGCAAAGAAGAUGGUCCAACUAUAGGAAAGGGUUCAUCUAUUAUUCUAUACUCUAAGUAUAGGCCACAUAUAAAAAUCCAUGACACAUGAUCACUGCCCAAAUUUAUCAAGACAUUCAAGUGCAUUAGACUAUUAGCUCUGACUUGAACUAAGCAGAAUAAAACAAAGCAACCAUAAGUCAAAUGUCUUGUUUUUAAAAGAAUUCAUAUUACUUAUUCUGCUUAUCUCAAGACUCAGUUAAACAGAAAACUGAAAUAUUUGUAUCUUAACUCUCAAAAUGUGUUGAUACAAUUGAUUUCAAGUAAGUCUACAAAUUUCCAUGCAUGAAUAGGUAGUUUUCUGGACAUACAUCUUAAGCCCAAGCUAUAUGAGUGACUGACCAUGAAGUUAUCACAAGAGAGCUGUAAACCCAAAAUUUUCAGUCUCAAUAUUUAAAUAAGAUAUCUUACAAGUAUAUAUAUCCUAUAUUUCAGCUGGAUAUACAUUCUGGUGUGACUAGGACAAAUUGACUUAAAAGUAUUAUUGAAAUCAUAGCAGCCUUUUUAAAAUGUAUUCUUUCAUCAAAAAAUACUAAAAAUACAACUAUCAUCUUGUUAGAAAGGAAUCAAAUAAUUUGGGGACCUUAAAAAUGGUAUUUCUUAUUAGAAAAGGUAAAGAAUCACACAAGCCUACAUGCCAUGAUUCAUAAACCUACAUGUCCUAGUUGAAAGAGGAAAGGUAACACACAGACGCUACAUGUGUGGAUACCAAGCAUGAUCUGGCAGCAAAACAAAGUUCGUAUGUAUAAAAUCUUAAGAGUUAAAUGCCUACAAUCCCACUUCCAUGGGACAGGUACGCGAGAUCAAAACUUCACAAUGUCUUCUGGAUCAGACAAAGGCUCUACUUCGAUCCUGGAAAGUUCUCCAGAUGUAUGCAUGUACUCUUACUUGAAACCACUUAUUUUAAACCAGUGCUGUGGCUCCCAGCCUGAAUGCUAAGACAGUGAGUGACAUUGCUUUAAGUUAGGAUGUCUUCCUACAGAAUAGCCACUUGUGAUGUUUCUCCCAUCAAAUCCUUCCUCCAACUCCCUACAUCAGAACUUAUAUGAGACUCAUUCUGGAAAUUCUCAAUAAGAAUAUUCUCUCCUACUAGUCAUGCUCAAUUCCCAAAUUUCACUAGAUUAUUCUUGCAAACAGCACAUUUAUCUUCACAUCUCUCUACUACAGAGACCCAGAAAGGUUUUUCCCUAAUACCCGAAUAUCUAUUUGAAUACCAACCUUGCUCCUGCUCCUAACAUCUGUCUUCCUUCAGUGGCCUCCCUAGAUCAUUAGCUCUAGCAACCAACUCUGAAGUGCCCCUCACUUUCAAAGUACCAAAGACUAUUUUGCUGUUGUUACUUAAAACAGGCACAGACUAUGCUUCCUUCCUGAUAAACUAUAUUAAAAUUGAUAUAUUUAAUUUGUAAUCCUUAAGGAAACAGCACCUAGAAACCAAGGAGAAAGAAACUGAGGCAUGCAGAAGAUCGUAAGAGAUUCAGUUUGGUAUCAAACUUUACCAAGAAAUUUUUAAAAACCAGUAAAUAACCAUAUUGGAGUACGAAUGGUUAUAACACAGAAGCAGUGGAUGAUGAACACACUUUUCCCCAAAGUCAUUUAUUCUCAACCUUCAGAAAUUAGCUUUUUACCUCCAGUGAAUCCCUUCACCACAGAUCACACAAGCUACCUGCCUGAGCCAAGAGUGUGCCGUAACAGAGAACUUAUGGAAAUAGGGCCUAAAAGAGAGGUACAAUGAAAGAAUCAGACCGUGGGGCUCCUGCUCUCUUCUGCCUUUGCUCACUUUAACUCAGUGCCCUCCAUAUCCCUUCCACCCCCAUUUGAAAUAUGAACAUACUUCAUAUGUGUGUCUGUGAACAUAUAAACAUCUAUAUAUGUGUGUGUACAUAUACAUAUAUAUUUAAAUGUGUAAUACAAAAACAUAAACAAGAAUUUUUUUUCCUAACUAUGUAAUCAAAGUGAGUCUAGCUGAGGGAAAAAACAAGUUCUUCCCCCAAUAUCUUCUUUCCAACUUGAGAACUAAUUAUUAGACUAGAGUAUUGCUCAAAGAAAAUCAUCUAAGAAGCACCUGCUAAAAUGUAAUGCAGCAAAUGCUGACAAAAUUUAUAAGGAACUACAGAAGCUAUUUACCUAAUAGCCAUUUCCACAUCUUCUGCCUAAUUACUUUUUCUUAGAUGUUAAAAACAUUACUGUAAGAAAGUUAAGGAGCUAUAGCAACAGCAACAAAACAUUACGUUUCUCAGCUCUUUUCAGACAACUGGCAAUAGGCACUCUGAGGGAAAAUUAGUUUUUAAUGCCAGGAAUAUUUCUUCUCCCAGCUCCCAACUCAUUAACUCUGAAACUUUAAAGACAUCGCAGAUAAAUGUCCACAUCUCUGCCCUUCCGAUCCAACUCUCCAGUUCUGUCCAGUGAGAAAUAACCCGUAAGAAGAUGUGUUUGACUAACCUGUCUGAAACUACCUAAGAUGCAAUAAGCCAAGGCACUGGCCCAACUAAUCCUCUCAGUUUCCUAGUCUACCAGUCUUUAAAAAAUCUUUCCUAAUUAUGUGCUAACCAAAUACUUUUCUUCUCUCUUGUUUCAAAGUAUAACAAACAAGAGGGGAAAAAUAUAUACGUGUAGUCUCUCUUUCUCUCUCUAUAGGACAAUUCUAGUGGACAAAAUAAAGAAAAAAAGGCCAAGUUCACAAUAAGAGUUCAAGAUCUGAAAUUGCAAGCUUUGUUUUCUCUUUGACAAUCAGGGAAAACUGAACUAUUUCUCCCUGGGCUCCCCGAAGGCUCCAGAUUCCUGAGUAUGUAAGCCUUCCAACUACAAAGGAAUGAAAACCUGAAAAGUACAAGUUACCUAGCCCUCUGUUUUGGGUACUAUUUGAAACAUUUAAGGGAAAGAUAUUCCUAGAAAUAAACUUAACCAGCCAUGUUCUGGUCUUAGACCAAUCAAUCUAAAAUGUUUCUUCAUAGAAUGGAAGUCUCUCAGAUUUCCAGGUUAAUUUAGGUUAAGGAGGAAAAACACAGAAAUUAUACACAUAGAAAUUAUGUCAGUAUCCCACUCAUGUUUCUUCCACUGUUUAAUGACAGUACUGAGGUCUCUAAGCCAAGGCAGACAUUUCACAGACAGACACACUAUUCACUUGAUAACACUUAAAUGGGAUGAGGAACACUUGUGUACAUCAUUUCUAUUUUUCUUCCUUUUGAUGGUUAAUUUUAUAUGUCAACUUGACAAGGCCAUAGGAUGCCAAGAUAUUUAGUCAAACAUUGUUUGGAUGUAUCUGUAAGGGUGUUUUUGAAUGAAAUUAACAUUUGAAUCAGUAGACUGAAUAAAGAAGAUGGCCUCCCCUAAUGUGGGUGGCCCUCAUCCAAUUAGCUGAAGGCCAGAAUAGAACAAAAAAGCUGACUCUUGCUCAUAUAAGAGAUAAUUCCUCCUGUCUGAAUGCUUCAGCUGGGACAUUAGUCUUUUCCUGCCUUCGGAUUAGAACUGAAACAUCAGUUCUUCCUGGGUCAUAAGCCUGCUGCCAUUCAGACAAAAACUUACUCCUGGUGCUCAGGUCUUCAGACUCAAACUAGAAUGACACCAUUAGCUCUCUUGGGUCUCUAGCUGGCCCACUCAAGAUGUUGGGACUUAUUAGCCUCUAUAAUUGUGUGAGCCAAUUCCUUAUAAUAAAUUUCUGAAGAACCCUAACUCCAUAAUAUAAAUUAAUCCGGAAGUCAGAGGUAUCUCCCAUUAUAGGAAAAAAAACUCAGAUUCAUUAAGCAGGAUAGGUGUGGGAAAGAGGAAAAUGAGUCUCAUGUCCUCUAUCAGAGUAAAACAUGUGAAAAUUUCAGAUAAAACGUAGCCUGAUGCUGUUUGCUACACUUUAUCACAACUUUUAAAGGCAGGCCAUUAGUGCAGCAGGCCACUCUUUUUUUCUUCCCUCCUUGACUCCUUUCUCUACCAAAGUACAAAAACAUCUGUAAUCCAAUCCCCUCACCCCCUAAUCACUGUAUGACUUGAACAAAAACUGAAGAAAUAGUCUUAGCCAAAAAAGAGACUCACCAAAGAGUGUCAUUCUUGUUGUGAUCAGUCCAAACUAUAAGGAACUGAUUUAACCAUACAAAUAGUGACCUGACCUGUGCCCCAUUAAUGUCUUUUUUAGUAUACCAACAACUGUUAUAUACCCAAAUCAUUUCCUUUUGAGACUCUGAAGUUCCAACAACAUUCUUGACCUCCACUUAUUCAACUUUAAAAACUUAAAUGCUCCAAAGAGCAUAUACAUGGUACACUGUUAGGCUGACAAAAAUAAGACCUACCUCUCUCAGGCCAAAUUGUUUUGGGCAUGAUCACAGCAAUCAUUUUGACUCCAAGUACAGACAAGUAGAACAGGAAAGUUUCAGAGAUGAAAAAUAGGCUCAAAAAUUAAAAUGAGACAAUGUAAAGUCUUAAUUCCUAAAGAUCAAUGAAUUACCAAAAACUGUGACUUGGCUAUAGAAGCAGUAUGAAGUAAUCUUAUUUCUGUGCAGAAAAAUAUUUUAGGAUUCCUAGCAAAAGACAGUAAACAAUAAGUUGGGAAUCAUUAAAAACAAAAAUCUCAGAAGCAAAGAUUUCAAACAUCUUUCUUUCUGUGCCUGUAUGUUGUCCAACUCAUUCCCAAAAAGGAACCAGAAUUAGAUCCCUACCAACCCAAGACUUCCAAGACAUGUUACACUGGUUUUUGGGAAAACUGCAUCUCCUGAAGUAGUUCUUAAUAAUUAAAACAGGAUAAACCAAAGCAUAUGAUGGCAGG